AUGAAUCCAUGUGGUACACUUUUCCCUGGGAAAGCUACAUCACUUGAAUGGAAGUUCUCUCCCCUUGAGUGCAUGACAUACACAGUUGAUGUUCCAAUCCAUAUUGAAGGAGGAGAGACAGCUUUGAUCACUUUCAUUGGAAUUGGUUAUGAUGCUGAAGCAAUGGGUCAGACAAUGCCAUUGCUAGACACUUCACAGAACAUGAAUAUUCCAGACAGCCAGUCUGUUGCUUUACCUGGACAGAUUGUUGGCCUCUCAAAGGAGAGAAUUUCUCUUGGGAACAUUCCUUUAUUUGCAAUGAAGCAUGCCCUUUUGUUUGUAAACAACUGGAGUACAGAUCGCCAGGUUACCUUUAAUUGGCAGUUUGCUUCACCUGCUGAUGUACAGCUUCUCUCUGUUAAUCCAGUGAAAGGCCUACUGCAGCCAAAAGAGAGUAAGCUUUGUCAGUUAUCAUUCAUGGAUUGCGGAUUACCUGGGUUUUAUGACAUUGAUCUCAUUUGUGAGAUCACUGACGAGACUGAAGUUGCAAAAUACGAAGAGGAAUUAAGACUUUGGGAGAAUGAAAGGAAUCGGCAACAAGUGGAAUUCACACUCACAGAAAAGAAUCCGGAUGUAGUCACUCCAGAAAUGAAUGACAUUGAGGUGAGGUUGAGCAAUUAUAAGAAAUGUUUCUUUUUUUUUUUUCUUGCCAGUCAUGUUUGUUCUUUGGCAAAUUCUUCCUGCUCUGUCUUCAUGAGACAACCAAGAAAGCCCCACCCUUACAAACAUAAUCUAUCUAUUUAUCUAUCUCAUUCUAUUCAUAUCUAUCUAUCUAUCUAUCUAUCUAUCUAUCUAUCUAUCUAUCUAUCUAUCUCAGUCCUUUUCAUAUCUAUCUAUCUAUCUAUCUAUCUAUCUAUUUAUCUAUCUAUCUAUCUCAGUCCUUUUCAUAUCUAUCUAUCUAUCUAUCUAUCUAUCUAUCUAUCUAUCUAUCUCAGUCCAUUUCAUAUCUAUCUAUCUAUCUAUCUAUCUAUCUAUCUUUCUAUCUAUCUAUCUAUCUAUCUAUCUAUCACAUUCUGUUCAUCUCUCUAUCUAUUUUUAUCAUUCUUGUGUGAAACAUGCUUACAGUUUUGA